GUACUGUACUGGCAAAAAAUAUGGGAAAUGGGAACGCAGCGUAAACUGAAUGAAUGCAGCGUAAACAAUCCUUUUUUUCCAAUCAUGAUCGCGCAAACCGAUCGUCGCACGUUUCGAUAAUUACCUUUAACAGCAUAAAGAACGCGGGUCCGUGUGUCCGAGGGUUUCAGGGAUCAAUAGCGAUAAGAUAGUGGAGUAGAAAGUUAUGCUCGCCUCGUGUUACACACGACCACAUAACCUCUCGUAAUAUUAUCACGUUGUGCCAAACUGGAGCAGUCAGUUGGAGACACGGCGAGAUGGAAAUAAUCCUGUCCCAAACGUAUUAAAAGGAAUUAAAAGAGUCACGUUGUGCCAACCGAUUCGAUUGCUAUUGAAACUUAAUGAUAUCGAUGAACGAACUCAGGUCUGCGUCAUUGAGCUUUUUUACCCAGCGUUGUAUAAUGCUAUAAAUCACAGAGAUGUUACGACGAAACAGGUUGAAGCACCGAGUAAUAUCCAUUAGCGUCAUUAUUCUCGCGACAAUAUUUUACAAUGAAUUUCUCGUAUACGAAGUACAAAAGCUCAAGUGGGCCAUGCGCGAAUGCUCCGAGUGCGUUAAGAUUCUUCUUGUCGCGGACCCGCAGAUACUCGGGGAAAAAUAUGAGAAUUACUUUGGCUCGUGGAUAGCGAGAUGGGACAGCGAUAGGUACUUAGAGAAAACUUUUUCGAGGGCGAUGAAGUUUUCUCAGCCACACGUCAUUGCCUUCUUAGGUGAUCUCAUGGACGAGGGUCACGUAGCCAAUGCAGAAGAUUUCGAUAGGUACAAGAGGAGACUGGAUUCAAUAUUUUCGAUGCCAGAUGACAUAAUGAAAAUUUACUUGCCGGGCGACAACGACAUCGGCGGCGAGGACGAUCGGGUUUCCGCCAACAUCCACAAGAGAUUCAAUUUUGCAUAUACUCAGCCAGACACUUUGGUGUACAAGACCGUCACCUUCUUCAAAGUAAACAGAUUGACGCGCACGAUUCCGGAAGCACCGAAGGAUGCAUUUCUGAACGAUUACGCAGAAAGGAAUACGACCAAUGUUAUUCUUAGCCAUAUGCCUUUGCUGUUUACGCCCGGGAGUUUUGUGCAAAAUGUACUCAAAGAAUUGUCGCCGCAGGUGAUUUUUACCGCGCACGAACACAAAGCGAUGCACAUAAGUCUAGACACGGCGACGGAUCAGCUGAGCGACGUUUGGAUCCUGCCGCCGUACGAAACGCCUCUGUACCAAUUAAGAAUGGACGUAGGCGACAUUCACGAAGUACAAAUACCGACCUGUUCCUACAGAAUGGGUACGCCGCACAUGGGUUACGGGCUCGCCUACAUAAAUACUCAAGAGAAGACCGUCGAAUUUACGAUUCUGUGGUUGCCAGGCAGAUUCCCGCAGCUACGUGCUUACGUGUUUAUCGGUAUACUGGUCAUUGUACUUGCCAUUUGCUGUUUCCUCUCAGGCUGCUGCGUAAAAAGCUAUGCGACUUACAAUCGUAUACCUUCCGUAUAGGAUUAGCGUUCAAAUCAGAAGUACUUACGCGUUUAAACGGUGAAUUAACUUGGCGUUGUGAAUUAGGUACAAAGAUCCGUCCAGAUUAUACAUGGUUCUCCAACCGUCUGUCUUAAAUCCCGAGGGAAACAAGAGUAAUAAGUGUUUACUAACUUACCACGUUGAGACAACUGGGUUACAAUGAGACUUAUUUAGCUCUGAAAAAUUUUAGAUCUCCGAGGUAGGACGCUUUUAAGAAACCUCCUUACCUUUCUGCGAAGUUACUUACGACGAAUAUAUUCAUUUGCCUUAAUCAUCGUCAGACAAGACUUAAUGCAAUGCCAAAUAUUCUAUCGAACAAUAGCGCUGGCUUUAGGCUCUGUAUACUUUGACUGAUACCUGAAUUAUAAAUUAUAAUUCGAGUGACUAGUAAUCUAAGCAAUAUUCAUCGUAAGCUUAGAUUUAACGUAAAGGAACAGAUAAACGACAGUAAAUUCUCGUAAAAGUGUUUAAGUUAUUACGACUGAAAUGUAUAGUCUGUAUUCCUGAUUUCCCUCGGUAUUCUAAACGACUGUUUUUUCAGCCUUAAAGUCAGCGCGGUGUAAAAUUAUUAUUAUUAUAUAUAGCGAUAUUUAUUAUAAAUCUCGAUGUUCUGCUGUGAAAUCUUUGUGUAUACAUGUAAACGUGACAUGCCAAACGUUUCACACAUCACUGUUACUUAAACGAUCUCUCCCACAUUGGGUAGCACGAGGAGAAAAUCCAUAUCUUGAAAUCUAUAUAUUACUGUGCAAUGUCAAUAAGGUAAUAGAAGAGAUUAUACUCUCUCGCGGUUGACGAGAUAAGAGAUUUUAUUGUAUUAUGUUACACAAAGUACAGAAAUAUAUAUAAGGAAGAAUUGUUAAGCAAGAGAGCGCGUUUUAGACAGAUGUGAGAUGAGUUUAUAUUUCUCUGUGUCGACCCGUAUACACACAGUAUUUAUCUGAAAUAAAGUGUCAAAUGUUGAGACGUGA